UAUCCUUCCCGCCAACCCUAAAACCCUAAUCCUAUAUAUACAAUUGAACAAUAGACUGUACUAAACCCCUCCUUUUUUUCAAUUGAUUGAAACCAGAGCUUCUCAAAACCCUAGCAAUGGAAGCUCAAGCCGUCAAAACAAACCUAGUGUUAAUCCUCGAUUUCGGAUCCCAAUACACCCAUCUCAUAACCCGUCGGAUCCGGAGCCUCUCCGUGUUCUCCCUCUGCAUUUCCGGCACCUCCUCGCUCAAAUCCAUCACCGAGCUAAACCCAUCUGUAAUCAUCCUCUCCGGAGGGCCCCACUCGGUCCACGCGCCCAACGCGCCGUCUUUCCCUGAUGGGUUUAUUGAGUAUGUGGAGAGCAAGGGCGUGUUUGUCUUGGGGAUUUGUUAUGGGCUGCAGCUGCUGGUGGGGAAACUUGGUGGGGAAGUGAGAGUGGGGGAGAAGCAGGAGUAUGGGAGGAUGGAGAUUGAGGUUGUCAAGGAGAGAUGUGGGUUGUUUGAGCGUGGGGGUAAGCAGGUGGUGUGGAUGAGCCAUGGUGAUGAGGCGGCGAGGCUGCCGGAGGGGUUUGAGGUUGUGGCGAGGAGUCAGCAGGGGGCUGUGGCUGCUGUGGAGAAUCCUGGGAGGCGGUUUUAUGGUCUUCAGUAUCAUCCUGAGGUGACACACUCACCGGAAGGAAUGGCAACAUUGAAGCAUUUUUUGUUCAAUGUAUGUGGAGUGGUUGAUGGGUGGACUAUGACAGAUGUUAUGCAGGAAGAAAUAAAAGUUAUUAAUGAAAUGGUUGGGACUGAAGACCAUGUCAUUUGUGCCUUAUCUGGUGGUGUGGAUUCCACGGUUGCAGCUACUCUUGUUCACAAAGCAAUUGGAGACAGGCUUCGCUGUGUUUUUGUUGAUAAUGGCUUAUUGAGAUUCAAGGAGAGAGAACGGGUGAUGGAGACAUUCGAAAAGGAUCUUCAUUUACCUGUCACUUGUGUUGAUGCUGUAGAUCAAUUUCUUAGCAAGCUAAAAGGGGUUGUAGAUCCGGAGACAAAGCGAAAGAUUAUCGGGAAGGAGUUCAUCUGCAUUUUCGAUGCCUUUGCUAAUGAUUUGGAACAGAAAACAGGGAAAAAGCCUACCUUCCUGGUUCAAGGAACCUUAUAUCCUGAUGUGAUUGAAUCAUGUCCACCACCUGGUAGUGGAAGAACCCACUCCCACACAAUCAAGAGUCAUCAUAAUGUUGGAGGGCUUCCCAAGGACAUGAAACUGAAGCUCAUUGAACCCCUUAAACUUUUAUUUAAGGACGAGGUUCGCGAACUGGGAAAAAUCUUGAAUGUUCCAGUACCAUUUCUAAAGCGUCAUCCUUUCCCUGGACCUGGCCUUGCUGUGAGAGUAUUGGGUGAUGUAACUGAAGGAAAUGCCUUGGACAUCCUGCGCCAGGUGGAUGAGAUUUUCAUACAGUCGAUUAAAGAUGCUGGCUUGUAUGAUUCCAUAUGGCAAGCUUUUGCUGUGUUUUUACCAAUAAGAUCAGUUGGGGUUCAAGGAGAUCAAAGAACGCAUUCUCAUGUUGUUGCACUUAGAGCUGUAACAAGUCAGGAUGGAAUGACCGCAGACUGGUACAAUUUUGAACACAAGUUCCUUGACGAUGUGUCAAGGAAGAUCUGCAACAGUGUUAGAGGUGUAAACAGAGUUGUUCAAGAUAUUACAUCCAAACCUCCAUCAACCAUUGAGUGGGAAUAAUUUCAUAAUUACUACAUAUUAGAAAGCAAAAGGAUUUCUGAUGCGUAAUACGCUGUCCAGCUUAUUUCUGAGCACUGUAAUUGGAAGGAGGUCUCCGCCCUAUGAUGUCAUUGUUCAAAUUUGGUGCUUUAGGCAGAGAGUGAUCUACUUGCAUGAAAUGAUUCUUUGUAUUGAAAGUGCAUUGAUUUAUAUAUAAAAUUUCCCUGUAUGUCAUUCUAUCCAGGAAUUAUGCCUGAUAUGUACCAUUGUUGCCCAACCAAUUUUUCUAAAAUAUUUUCAUACAGUUUUUAGGUUCA